AAAGUCAGACGUGUAUCUUUGCGUCAGACGGAAGUCGAGCUGCCAAACAAGUGAAACAUGAACACGCGCAUCAACCGUCGCUUGGUGGAAACUUGUCACAGCGGGAUUAUUCACUGAUUCAUCUAAACGAGGAUGUCCUCCGCCUUAUCGUUUCAGAGUCCAGAGGCGGACGGUGAGACCGGCGUCAUGUCCAUCGACCAGGGAGGAGUGUGGGACAUAAGCCUGUUCGAUGAGCUUGUCGAUGAGCUUGUCGACCUGGGAGAUGCAGUCGAUCUGCUUGAGACCUUGCAGAGUUCUGGCUAUGCCAACGAGGGUCCAGGUCUGGACUUUGAUAUUGAUAUACCUCUGUGGAAUGAAGUUGAUACAUGCAGCAUCUACACAGAUGGUGAGGUGAGUGUGGACUCUCUGUCCCCUGCCCACACUCUGAGCUCUGUCCCCUCUCCUGCCUCUGUGGAAGCUCUGUCCCCAUACUCCCUACAAGAUGAGGCCCUGUCACCACAGUUGCAACACUCUCCUGUUUCAGUCUGCUCAGAGUCCAGUGGAUUUUGUUCACUGUCUUCCCCAGCCAAGACAGCUCCAAGGAGGACCAGCCAGACCGCACAAGCCAAAGCAGCUCAGUCUAUCAAGAGGCCAAUUAAGAUCGGACCAAAAGUUUCCAUCCAGCCCAGGCCGCUGAUCAGAGCUCUGCCACUUGCUCCGGCAGCAGCUUCCCUGCAGGCCAAGACGAUCAUCAUCCAGCCCCUGCAGACCACUGUGCUGCCUUUGGUCAAACCAGUUCCGGUCAACAUCCAGCCAGCGCCCCCUCCAGCUCAUCCUAUAGUGCUGUCUCAGCCAAGCCAAGUGCUACAGAUCCAGACACCACAGGCCGUCACAAGCAAUGUGGUCGCCAUGCCAACGCUCAGCCAGGACAGGCCUGUCUCCGUCACACUCCGAACCCCUUCCUCAGAUGACGAUUCAAAGUUGUCCCAGAGACAGCAGCGCAUGAUAAAGAACCGUGAGUCAGCGUCCCUGUCUCGGAAGAAAAAGAAAGAGUACCUGCUCUCGCUGGAGGCCCGUCUGAAAGUGGCGCUGUCCGAGAAUGAGGUGCUCAAGUGUGAGAAUGGCAACCUGAAGAGGCAGCUGGAGGGCCUGCUGAGUGAGAACACAGUACUUCAGACAACAGCGCCCAAGAGGAGAGCCGUGUGUCUCAUGGUGGUUUUGGUGUUCCUCGUGCUUAAUGUUGGACCGAUGAGUUUGUUCCAGGGUGGUCCGGGCUCCAAGCACGAAGUUGUUUCCAUGCAGCACAGCGGCCGACACCUGCUGGGUGUAUCCCCGGAGGCAGAGACGAAUGUCGUGAUGGGCCCCGAGCCCCUCGACGGCAGCCUCUCUGAGAUGGCCGACAGCUCUGAGGAUAAGGCCCUGAUGGUGGUUAAGGGUCCCAUCUUUCUCAGACCCCCCCCACCCUGCCAGCCUCCUGUUAACAGGACCAAGUGCAAAGAGUUGGCCCAUGAGCUGAGGGGUUGGGUCCACCGUCAUGAAGUGCAGCAAACCAAAUCCAGGCACAUGAGUAACAGCAAUCACAAACCCACCAGGACCAUCCUGAAAACAGAAAAUAAGGAGGCUGCCCAGAUUGUGACCGUUCAAUACACAGAAACUACUGAGGAAAAGAGUUCUGGCAGUGAGCUGCAGGUCUACUACGCCCCUCACCACACCUACAGUGACUUCUUUGACGAGAUCAACCGUCGGGGCGACACUUUCUACGUGGUGUCUUUCCGCAGGGAUCAUCUUCUACUUCCUGCCACCAACCACAAUAAAGGGAGGCGACCCAAGAUGUCUGUGGUGUUGCCAGCAAUGAACAUUAAUGACAGCGUCAUCGGGGACAAAGAGUUCGAGGUGAUGAUGCAGAUCGACUGUGAGGUGACGGACACCAGGAUCCUCCACAUCAGGUCUUCAACCAUCCCGCCUGUGCUGCGGGUCAACCGCACAGAAACGUUUUACCAUCACUCCGCGACCAACAACCAGGCCACGCCUCCUGUCGGCGUGCUCAUGGGGUCUGCCUAGGACCACCAUCGGCACCUGCGUUAUUUCUAACAAUUCAACAAAUACGCAGAAACACAAACACGAGAUAAAACCUCAGUUUUUGGUUUUUGGUUGAUGGAUAUUUUUGAAUAAUUCUGGUGUGUUACCACUGACUUUAUGUUUGUGCUUAGAUGUGAAUGAAUGUGCUCUGCAGAAACCCCUCAUCCUUAGGUAGCUUGAAGGCAGUACUUUAUUUGGACCGAUUUCCAGAGGUAGUCUGUAAUAGGGUCCAAGCAGACGCUCUCCCCGUGACCCCAGAUGUCUCGCAUAAGGAAAUUGCUUAGCGGUAGGGGGCAGAGCAUUGAACCUUGAAUCACCCCAUCAUAACAAAAAUACUUACCAUAGCAGCUCUUCUGAAGUCUGUUCUACUUUCUCCUCUUAAUUUCAGGACAGAGAAAACACAUUGAUGUAAAGCAGGUUUACUUAGAAGACAAGUCCGAAGAAUACAUCUGUGAUAUCAAUGUUCAGAAGCACAACAACGUCUGUGUUUAUACCUCGGCUAAAGAUGGAUUCCUGCAAUCAUCUCUCUUACUCACGUUUGGUCUUUGUGACUCUCCAAAUAAUGUCAAUUUAUUUGUGAAAUAGUAAGAGAUGUCAGAUUAGUAACACGUGGCACCAGAGGCAAUCAGUAACGAACCACAAACUGCUAUUUGUUAGUUUCUCUUUUUAACAACAUAUAGAUGAAGAAUUCCACUUUUUAAUUUUUAGUCUUUGCACUGUGCUUCACUUAUAUUGAUGAACAGAUUCAGAUACUAUACAUAUUUAUUUCAUUAUUAUGUAACAGUAAUUGUCCAGGAUUUAUUUUUAUUUUCUUCCUCAGUCUUAUUAAUUGUGGGAACGUUUUAUUCUAACCGAACAAAGAAAAGCUAAAGACAUAUUGUAAAUAAAACUAUAAACGGUGGAAAUCGAAUGUAUAUUAAAUUUAGAUAGAGGGAGUUGGGAAGUGUCAGUUCGGUGGACAUGUAGAACUUUUUUACUGAAAAUUUGAUAAUCCUCAAAUUUGAAAUUGCCACUAAAAAGCCAGCAUUUGUCUUAUUUUAUUUAUAUUUUUUUAUAAAUAACCACUAGUAAAAAAAACGAAGACUUUUCCGUCCAUGGACUGAAUUGCAAUUUUAUUUGGUGCACUAGUAAACAAUUGCACUGUUAAAGCAGCGUCUGGGCUCGUCAACUCUGACAUUAAAUGCCUUAUUUUUGUAUGUCCACCAACUUGUUUUGACUACCUUUAGGUUGGGGUAACAUUGAAGUAAAUUAAGUUGAAGAAAUUCUAUACAAUCAGAAUUAGUUAAAAUAUUCCUGGUCAGUUUCUCUAUGUUUAGAUAAAACAACAUGCUUUAGUUCUGUGACUUUUAGCUACAUGAUUGUACAGAUGGUUAUGCUUCAGCUCAACAGAUGCCCAUGAAACUUGUCCAGGAAAAAAAACUUGUGUUGUUUUAAGACCAGAUCUUCUGUGUAUGUGUGAUUUCUGUUUUUUCCCUUUUUGUCUUCAAAAAUAUAUACGAUUUUCCACUUUGUUUUUAUUGCACCAAGACAGAACUAAAGGAGAGAACAAGAGUACAAUUCAAAAACUUGUGAGGUUUAGUUUUUUGUAUUUUAUUAUGUGUGUAAACCAAAAUAAACACUGGAUUUUCUCUAA